CAACUCUGCUUGAAUUCCAUCCACAAUCAAACUCCUUGCCGACCACUCUUCCAAUAUCAUGGAGCAACUGCCAGACGACGUGCUAGUGAGGACGAUGAAGAAGUUCCUGGGCGUGGAGGAUGUCAUCGGCUGUCGCCUCGUGUGCAAGAGGUUCGCGGCCCUGGCCCUGCACCCUGACGUGUGGCGUGGUCGACAGAUAUACAGCAUCUCCCACAGGAAGCACUUUGAGGCGGUGCUGCACCUCGCUCCAUGUCUCAAGAGUUUCACUACCGAUAUGGCCCGGACGUUGAUAACGACCAGGUGCGCCAUCAAAAAUCUGGGACUGAGGGUGGAGAAGGAGGACUUCAACGCCGCAGAACACGCCCUGGUGGUACGCAACCAGGAGGCCCUUGGGCGCCUGAGAAACCUGCACAUCGCGUGCUACUCUGAAGUGACUGGUGGCGACGCGCUGUUGAGGACACUGGCGAUGUGCUGUGGCCUUGAGACGCUCAAAAUUAGUACAUGUGUGCCCAGAACCCUUCGACCUGUUGUCCAUGGGACACUCAGUGCGUCUCUCAGGAAAUUCAAUUGCGAACUUAUCCCAAACUCGGCGUCCUUCGUGAACACAAUACUAGCGGCGCAUUCGUCCACACUCGAGGACGUUGAUCUGGGGGUUGGCCCUGAGUCAUGGUUUCUGAGUUACAACGAGUGGAACUCAGACGAGACGAUGCGCCUCUUGGCUGGCAUACCAAAGCUCAGGAGGCUGGUUUCCUCGGUGCUCCCUGGGCUGGAGAACGUAGCCGUGGCCGCUCGCGAGACGCUCCAGUCCUUGGUUUUUGCUUUUGUUGCCAAGGAUCAACCUGCCGUCGCGGAGGCUGCAAGAGCGCUCCGAAAAGCUAACAAGUUGGACAUGGUCUAUUUGACAUUUGUAGACGACGGCACAGACCACAGCCGUCCAGACUCUUGUGGGGAGGUGAUAGAGGCCAUAGCCUCGCCUUUCGUCGACUACCUGGGUCUUCGCAACCGCCCACCGAUUGAGUCACUGGCCAGGAAGCUGGUGGGGCUGCCUGCCCUGAGCCUGCUGGGCAUGUUUGACACGCCGCUAGAUGACGAGCUUGACAAGCUCUUGCUGGCCAUCACCCCCUACACAGCCCCGGCCUUGCGGAGACUGAGGCUAGAGGAAGAAGUUGGUGGCAAUAAAUGCACCCACGCCUGGAUGCACCGGGACGCAGUCAUUACAGCGCUCUCUGCAAACCCGCUGCUCCACAUCCUGGUCGAGUUUAACAAGAUGUGUAAGAAAGACGAGUGCCCGGUGUGCGCCUCGGGCUGCCACCAAGGAGAAGACCAAGUAGAUUGGGAAGAUAAGUGUGAACUCCACCUUUUCUCGCAUGACCUCGGGAAGUGUCCUGUGCCAAAGGAUCAUGAAUGGAACACUAACGAAAUCAAAAUGCCAUGAAGUUCCGCUUGAUUCUAGUUAUUGCUCUCUCAAAUGCUAUAGUUGUAAAGGUGUAACAUUAAUUCGAAAUAAAUUUCCAUGCGCUGA